GCUUUUUUUUUUUUUUUUUUUGGUACCGAGCGGAGAGGAGCUGCACACGGCACUCGAGUGAGAGUGCAGCUUUCAGAAGAGUUGGAAACAGUAGCAUCAAGACUGGGGGCCAAGCCUAUUGACCCCCAUCGCUGCUAAUUUCACACAUCUCAAUCAAGGGCCCACAGAGGGAAUCUGAUGUUGGGGACAAUGCGAGUCCAGAUACACACAAGAUUUUGUUUCCUAUGUGUGCUCACCUUCAUUUACCAUCAGUCCAGCCACUGCCAUGAAGAAGGGCAUCAUCAGCACCAUGGUCAUCGCCAUAUCAACCACACCCACAAUGAUCUGCAGAUUUCCGAGGCUCCGUAUGUGAGAAAAUCUAUUCCAACUGCAGAGUCUGGAAGUCCUGAAGGGGCGUCUUUAGAGGAGGAACAGAACUUCUAUAUCCAGCAGUUGUUCAGGCGUUAUGGGCAGAAGAACAAGCUAGAUUUCCACGGAUUUCAGAGUCUCCUUAUUAGUUUGGGUCUGGGUGAAGUGAAAGUGGUUGGUCUGGAACAUGAUGAGCUUGGUCAUGACCAUGUAGCUCACUUAGACAUUCUUGAUGUGCAAGAGGGAUCUCACUCACACACUGAAGGUCACGGCCAUGACCAUCCACAUCACAAACCCAACUCCCACAAUCCACGCACAGAACAAGGUCCCACAGAGUGCAGCCACCAGACCACUACUGCUAUCACACCUGGUGCAUCAAGAGAACACUCCCGCAAACAUAAUCACGAUCAUAAUCAUAACCACAAUCACCCACAUGAUGCACAACAUAAUCAUGAUCAUCCCAAGGAAGUGAACAACGAACAUUCUGAUGAACAUUUGAGUGACAAACCUGAUCCUGUGCAAACAAAAAAUAUCACAGAUAUUGCUCCCACCAACCAAGAACAGCUCUCUUCCCAGCUUGACUUGACUCAUGUCAAUCAAGAGCUGCAGUCUUCUCCUGCCCCUAUAGACACCAAGCCCAAGAAGCCAAGAAAGCCAGGAAGGGUCAGAGGACAAAGGGGUCAAAACAAAACCAUUUCAACUUUCACAUCACAGUCUAAUAAUCAUGACCACAAACACAGUCAUGAUCAUGGUCACAGCCAUUCUCACAAAGCUAAAAGAGAAGCACCAGGAGGACCUGACACCCCUAUAGUUCCGAGCCCUGUUUUGCCUGGACAUGCAAGUGGCUUGUCUCACCAGCAUGAUGAGUGUUUAAACCUGACUCAGCUCCUCAACUACUAUGGGCUGAGUCCUGAUUCACUCAUCUCGCCAAACCAGUUUGCCUAUCUGUGUCCUGCCCUGCUGUACCAAAUAGACAGCCGUGUGUGCAUUCGCCAUUAUCACCAGAUGGACGUGGAGCAGAAAGCUUUGGAGAAUGUCAGCUCUGUGUGGACCUGGGUGUGGGGCUUUGUGUCCAUCACCAUCAUAAGCCUGCUGUCUCUGCUGGGUGUUGUUCUCGUGCCCAUCCUCAACCAGUCCUGCUUCAAGUUCCUUCUCACCUUUCUUGUAGCCCUGGCUGUGGGCACACUCAGCGGAGACGCGCUCCUUCAUCUGCUGCCUCAUUCUCAAGGGCAGCAUGACCACAGCGACCCGAGCCAUGGCACCGAUCUGGCAACCGACUUUGAUGGAGUGUGGAAGGGCCUGACUGCGUUGGCCGGCAUUUACCUUCUCUUCAUUAUUGAACACUGUAUCGGCAUGUUUAAGCACUACAAGGAUCAACAGGGCAUGAAGAAAGCGAGUAAAGAGGGAAAGAUUGGAAGCAAGUUGUCGGAUCACAGAUUAAGUCACUGCUCAGAUGCAGAAUGGGUUCACUUGAAGGUGCUCAGUGAUGACCCUGACAGUAGCACCGUCCCCUGUGACAAUGAUCACAAUGACACUCAACUCACAGAGCUUCAGAUACUUGACUCUCCCACCAACAAGACGCCACUGAACGCUGCAAACUCCAAGGCGUCACCCACGAAGGUGAAUGGACACAAGGCCAAGGUGCACAGUCACGGACACGGCCACUCGCACGGUGGGAACUGCCACUCAGAUCAGGAGAUGAAGGACGCUGGUAUAGCCAGCAUCGCCUGGAUGGUCAUCAUGGGCGAUGGCAUGCAUAACUUCAGUGAUGGGCUGGCCAUAGGCGCUGCAUUCAGCGCAAACCUCACAGGAGGCAUCAGUACUUCAGUGGCUGUUUUCUGCCAUGAACUACCUCAUGAACUUGGUGACUUUGCAGUGCUGCUGAAAGCGGGCAUGUCGGUGAAGCAGGCCAUUGUCUACAAUCUGCUGUCGGCCCUCAUGGCCUACGUGGGCAUGCUGAUUGGCACCAGCGUGGGCCAGUACACCGACAACGUCACCAGCUGGAUCUUCGCCAUCACAGCCGGAAUGUUCCUCUACGUGGCUCUGGUGGACAUGCUGCCAGAGAUGCUUCACGGCGACAGCGAGGAGCACAAGCGCUGCCAGCUGGGUCACUUUGUGCUGCAGAACCUGGGCCUGCUGACCGGCUUCGCCAUCAUGCUGCUCAUCGCCAUCUUCGAAGACCGCAUCGUUUUCGACUUUGGCUUUUAGUGUUUUUUUUCUUUCGAACGUAAAGACUGAAGUAUUAGUAUUCUUCUUCUUGCCCGCGUCGUGAGUCGCGUUCAAACGACCCCGUGCCUCCAUUCCAAAAAAAUCUCAUGUUUACGCGAACGCGGAGGUGCAUGCUCGCCAUCGUCGUCAUCCCUCAUCAGGACGCCGUGUCACGGCCGAGACCCGGCCACUGGAGCGGCGCCACAGCUGCAGCCGACGCCACCUGAACCACUUUAAACCUUCACCGCUCGUCUAAAACACCUUUUUUCUCAUCAUUUUUCCAGUUAAAAAGUGGAGCUUGUGUCAGUGGAACUUGUGUGUUUGUGUCAGUGUCCCACGCCCACA